CCACGACGAGCGAUUCCAAUUCAAUUCAUUUGUGCUGGCGCAAAGACCUGAACCACAUGCAAUCUUGAGUUGGGAGGGAAAGCACAACGAAUCACCAGCAAAAUGCCGGCCUCGUUGAAGGAGCGAUCAAGCCGGCUGCAGAUGUUUGCACGCCUCAAAUCCGAAAGCGAUGCCAAGGCCAGGUCCAACAACGACGUGACCACCAAUGCAAACUUCAACGGCAAUGCGGUAGCCCAGCAGACCCGCGAGCCAGAGCGCUAUCAGAGCUCUGCCCCGGCCUUUACGCUGGCUAUGGAGCGGAGAGAAUUGGCCGACAGCGCUCGAGUUCCUGUCCCAGGGGCCAAUGCUCGCCAGCCCAACAUACAUCAGCGGAGAUUUAGCCAGCCGCCGCCCGAGUCGGUACAGCGAUCUCAAUCGCAGUCCCCAGCCAGCCAACAUCGCAACAUGGACAUCUUUACGGGCUCCCAAUUAGGUGACAGCUUUAUGAAUUCUGGCCUAACAACACCGCAGUACGAGCCAUCCGAAGCCGAUCCCGAACCAAUACUGGACAAGAAGAAUACAGCUGUUACUGCUCCUGUACCUGCUGUCCCUGGCGCCGCUGCUGCUUCCAUAACCAGACCUGCACCCCGCUACAACUUUGAUAGGAGAUUUUUCCCGAAUGACGGUGCCGCCUUUCAGAUUGGGGAAGACCUCCUCAUGAAAGUCGUUCCGGGUGCUAGGCAUCACAACCCCACUUCCACGUACAUGAACGAUGGUUUUAACAGAACCGUCCUCAAUGGGUACAGCAGACCACCUGGAAACUCUCGACCGACCUACAAUCGACCAGACGCAUCACCAGAUAAACAAGCCAAUUUGCCUGUGCGCGAGGCCAACUUUCGACAUGUGCCAAGACCAAGACAGCUUGAGUAUAAUGACAGAGAAAAGCGGAGCACGUCUCCUGCUUUCACGACUAGAGGGCGGCCGAUGAGAGAUAGGGGAGACGACUUUCGUCCUAUGGCCAGAUUUAGGGCGCUGGAGGAGGUAGAGGAUGAAGAGGGGAUGCAAGGGGCAGCUUACGACGAGGAGAAUGGGGACCAGGACGAUGGUAUAUCUACUGUAGGCGGCGGCGAAGACGGACAUGCCACCCCCAGAGUAAGAGGGCAUCCCUUAUCACCACAUCGAGCUGCGUUGGAGCGUCUCAUGGCGACAACUGUCCAACCUUUUGAGCCGUCGGCACCGAAAGACAAAAAACGGAGACGUGAGAGCCUCGAUUACGACGACAUUGCUCUUAGCGCCAUGACCUACGACGACCUUCACAAGGAACCAUUUGACUACGAUCCCUCCAAGGCGACCACGCAGUCCGGUUCAGGAGGCACUUUGGGUACUCCGGACGCUCGCACCGCAAAGCUGGUGCAGGGCCAACGCCAGAGCGACAAGGACCAGCGUCUUAUGUUUGCAAACAUGGAAUUUGACGACUGGGAAGAGGCGGGGGACUGGUUUGCUGAGCAAUUCUCUGAGAUUAUGCAUAAACUGAGACUGGUUAGGCGUAACAGGCGCAGAGUGAUAGAGGAGUUUGAGGAUGAGGCAGCUGCUCGUGAGGAGGCGGUCCGGAAACAGGGGGUGGCUAUUGACAAGAAACUGGGCCAGAUGUUGCAAGAUGGCCAGCGUAUGAUGACUCCGAGCGAUGCCAGGGCCGCCCAGCAGUGAUGCUUGGUCUUUUUACUUGAGCAAGCUGCAUUUUCCCUUGGCGCUGUGUCGUUUUGAAUCUGGAGUUGGGGUUAUUCAUGUGCAUUGUUCUCACUAACAUGCUUGACGGAUGGAAUGGGAUGGGUGGCGCUGGGCGUGGUCUGAAGCGUCUUUGAGCCUCGCAACGAACAGUAUGGCGUUGGUGGGUAAUGACCUAAUGAAAUGAGAUUGUUUUUUUGGGAUAUAAAUGGAAGGGUCUAGCUAAGAUGUGCUCAUGUUGCGCAAUCUAGAAUUCUCUCUCUCUCUCUCU